CGUCAUGCAAUGAAUUGUUAUCAGAGACCACUGGACUUGAUUAAGCCAGUCCGACACCAGGAGUAAUUUCCUUUAUAACCUGCUUGAAUUCACUUACAUUCAAAACACCUCUUGCCGAAGACUGGUCAUCACGUUGAAGUCAAGCGCUGCUCUCACAUUCACAUCCUGAUCAGAGCUAAUAGCUCAAUUCCAAGUAAACCUCUUCUGCUUCACUGCUUUCACAUGCAAAUGUCAUCUGAAGUCCUGCUUCAGCUGUUGGGAGUCUUGAACACCACCAAACUCCGAGCACCUCACCUGCUUCCAGCAAUCGUGGUUUAAAAACGUGCUCAUUUCACGAGUGGACCACCUUCAUCAAUAAAAGUCCUUUAAAGACUCAUUGAUCUACCAUUCAGCUGACCAGCCUAGCUAUGGCGGAAGAACAGAGAUCUCUCCGAGUGGCUAUUCCAAUCUUCGACCACCUGACGGCGCUCGACGCGGUUGGCCCAUACGAAGUUCUCAACGCGGUUCCCGGCGUAUCUGUGGUGUUUGUGAGUGACAAGCCGGGUCUAAUCUUGGCUGGUGAGGCCCAGCAAUCCCAUCUGGGCCUCCGGGCCACCGCGUCGUAUAAGGAUGUUCCACAUCCGGAUGUGAUUGUAGUUCCUGGCGGGCCUCCUACCAAGAUCCCGCUGCAUCACAAGCCACUUCUCGACUGGAUCCGCAAGGCUCACGAGACGACCCUGUUCACCACUUCUGUUUGCACCGGUGCGCUCAUCUUAGGAUCUGCCGGACUUCUCACCGGACUGGAGUGUACCACGCAUUGGAGCUCCUACAAAAAGCUCGAGGAGUUUGGUGCCAAGGCCUCCGCAAAGCGCUACAUACAGCAGGGGAAGAUUAUCACUGCUGCCGGCGUCUCGUCGGGGAUCGACAUGGCUCUCUACCUCGCCGCUCUUCUGAAAGACAAGGUUAUUGCAGAAGGAGUUCAGCUGCUGGUGGAGUAUGAUCCCCAGCCACCAUUUGACAGCGGAUCUCUGGCGAAAGCUAGUCCAGAAGUCUUGGCAUUGCCAUUUAUCCGUCCGCUCUUGGAUUAA